AUGGAGGCCCUGGAGCCUUCGUCUGCAGACCCGCUGACACCAGCGUCUGGUCUCAGCGCGACGCCCCCCGUACCAUCGCCUCCAGCAGCAGCAGCAGCUUUCAAGGAUCCGACGUCGACCAGACUGAAGGGCCAGCAACGGUCUCGUUCUGGUUCAGGCACUGUCGCAGCCCCGACUGCUACUAUAGCAGCACUCAAGAAAAAGGAAAACACCAGCCCUAGUUUAUCGACGCCUAGCAAGUGGCCCUCUGUGAGGUCCACCACCACCGCGCGCAUGCCUACGAGUACCGCUGUCGCGAAACCCUUGGUCCCUCUCUCAGAACGAAGAAUUCACUUAAAGAAGACCACGACUCGAAGUCUCAAGGACUCAGAUUUCAACGCCGAUAACCAGGGUAGCCUGUCUCGAUGGGAGAUUGCUCCUGAUGGUGGAUCAGCAGGUCGUGAGGGACGACAAUUCGCCGUUGCCAACGUAGGGAACAACGGCCGGAUAUAUUUAAGGCCGACCGUCCGCCCUGCGUACCAGCGAUGUCCUCAGCCUCAAUUCGUCUUCCCCAUUACACCACCCAGCACCGCAGGUUUGGACACAAUCUCUCAUACCAAACAGAUUCAAGACGAAACCAGCGAACUUCAUGUUAGCCAGUGGACGCCGACCCCGGAACCUUCGCCUUAUCACAGCAAAGCCUAUUUCGACCGCGGUCCCCAGUAUCCGCUCCGACCCGUGAAACACCGACGCGCCCUUUCCGAUAGCACGGUGCACGAGGUAACCAUUGCGAAGGACUCGGAACCCGGAGCUUUCAAAAUUGUUAUUUCCAAACCGCUGGAGGAAUAUCGACCCCGAACUAUGGAAGAUUUCGAUUCUAAUUCUGAUCCUCUCCUCGACAUUGCGAUUCCCUCCUGGCGUAUUGGCGUUCCCCGGUUCACGGGCAGAGGUACACCAAUGAUUCGCGGAUCAUCGUAUGCUCCCACCGAGGAGUUUCGCUCUAGCAGCGCCUCGCUACUGAGCCGAUCUCAAGGUGUGCUUAACAGCUCUCAUCCCGAUAUAGCUUCGACAAGAAGGCCAAGCUCUAUGGCAGUACCGAUGUUACGAAUUUCUCGAAAUGUUUCCGCCACAACUCAAACUCCCACAACCUCACAAGUCUCCCGACUUGUUCGCCCGAGCUACCAGUCAAACUCCAAAGUUGAACCCGCUAUGUUCGACGAUCUCACCUUCAAACCAGCCUGCGACGAUCGAACAUUAGUCAAAUAUUCAGCAGCAACCGGGGCCGUCACAGCUGCCACGCCGCCACGCCUCGUUGCCGAGAUCACAUCACCUAGUUUCCUCGAUUAUGAGCUCAUCUCCGACUUUUUCUUGACCUUCAGAGCGUUUCUCGAACCCGUGGAUCUUCUUCGUAUGCUCAUUGCGAGAUUGCGGUGGGCUUUGUCUCGCGAUGACGAGACAGGUAUGGUUGUUCGUGUUCGAACAUUUGUCGCCCUUCGACACUGGAUUCUCAACUACUUCAUGGACGAUUUCGUUGUGGACCACAAUCUUCGAGCCACUUUCUGUGAGCUACUAAACGACUUUGUGGACGAACUUUCGCAAUGCAAGAGAGCUCUGAAAGUUCAGCUCAAGAUUCUUGGAGAGUUGAAGAAAUGUUGGCGCAGGGUUUGUGCGUUAUACUGGGAUAGCCCGGAUUUCGACGAUACUCUGGACUCUAGUGUACCGAUCACACCAGGUGGUAUUGUUGGUCACCGAGAUCCCAGUCUAGACCCAUCUUUCUGGGAAGGAGAAGACGAUGGAACGCCUCGCAUCGAAAGUAUGCUACCGCUCAGAAGGAGCCUUGCCGAACGAACUAGUUUCAUUGCGGAUGUAUCUCGAGCUGGCCAUGCUGGAGAUUCUGUCUUGGUUGAACACCGUCCGUGUACUCCUGAACGACAAGUCAGAAGGGAAUCCAUGGAAGGAGAGCAGUUAUCGCCAGUUAGCAUGACCAGCAUGGAUAUUGUUUCAUGCUCCUUUCCUAACAAGAUCAAACCCGCUCAUCCUAACCAGACGAACCCUUUGGCUGCUCAUCCCGUUACCACCACUACAACUCACAAUACUGGGCCGGUAGCUACAACUCCUCGAGCACUCGUUGGCAAGCGUGUGCGACCUCAGGCCGCACACAAGCGUAACAACAGCUUGACUGACUCCCUACGGGAUCACAGCUCGGACAAGUUGUCAUUCCAUGAUCAGGAGUUCAUGAUGACUGCCCCCUACGCUGGUAGCCUCGUCCGAGGAAACCUGUUACCUCCAGGUCAGGCCUUUGUCGAUGUUGAGCCGGACGAGUUUUCCUCCAUUCUUGGGCCUACCACCAGCCUUCGCCCCGAAAACCAGAGCAUUGUCAAGGAGAGGAUACCCGCGGGUGCCAUGUCUGGACACGGCAUGAAGAAACUGCUGGGUAGCGUGCGGAGAGCAUUGAGUACCAGAGGACAAGGUGGCGUCUCUUCAAACCCAGGGAGCUAUAUCAACAUCAACAACAUGGGUCCCCGUGGCGCUACAACAAAUCGCAUUCCUGGAACAGCUGUUGUGCCCCAGAGCCGCCACAAGCCCAAUGGCUCUCGUCCUCCUCCUGUAAGAAUUGACUUACUCGGUGCUGAAAUCGUGGAAGAUUUCAAGAAGGCUGUGCGUGAUGAGGCUGCUGCUGAGGCUGAUCGUCGUGGACUGCCCCCGCCCAUGUCCCCCAACCCGUCUAUCACUCCCACUGGAGACUUCCACUAUUCAGCUGCACACAUGGACUCGGUCACUUAUGAUGAGAUGGCACAUGGCUACAGACACCGGCCAGUUAGUGACAUGGCUAUCACUACUGGCAGCAAAUCCAUAGUGAUUGUGGACGACACGACACCCUUCGAUCCAUCACUUCUCCACCGAGGUCCUCACAGCAACGCCUCUGUUGAGGCCUUUGCCGAUACCUUUAGGCUGACAGGUUGUGACCCGACUCCCCCGUCUACUCCUCCUACCGGUAAUGGCUCAGGUACACCUCGACGCUCCUCAUACCUUCUCAAUCAACACGUUGUACGUCCAUCGUUGGACGAGGAUCCUCUGCCUCCCUUUGUUCCUGACUUUGCAACCCUGGCUCCCGUCACGAGCGCUCCGGUUUCAGAGGAUGGCAAUCGAGUAUCGUAUUCCACAGUAGCCCGAAGUAUCCGCCAACACCCUCCAGUGUCCUAUCAGAACCAUCGUCGUAAGAGGUCCAACAGAACACAUCGAUCGUUGAAUUCGAUACUGCAUCGCCGUAGCUCACUCAGCAACGGUCUUGCCCGUCGAUCUACAGUACAGAGCUUCGACGCUACAACAGUUUCUGCUGCUUCUAUCGCCGAGCCCGAGCACAAUGAGCCUUCGCCACAGCCUCUUCGAAUUCUUCGACGACGACCAGGAGGAGAUCUCCGAGCCGCCACGAAUGUUGGAGAGCUGGACCCCGUUACGCUUAGGAGAUCACAAUCUGUGGGCUCGCUGACAACAUACUCGGAGUCUAUUCGCAGCUCUUUCAUUCAGAGCCCCCGUGUGACCUCUUUUGGUCGUGGUUCUUUCGGAAAAGGAGAAGUUGUCUCGAUUGAAUAUGCGCAGCCCAAGAGUGAAACUUUUUCCGUCGGCCAGCUUGCAGAGAAGCCGAAGCGAGAUCUUUCACUGUUUAGUACUCACUCAUCCAAGCCAGUUAUGCGCCCGUCUUUCGAGAAAGAGGCACAGAAACUAGCUCAAAUACCAGAUGACGAGGAUGAUGGUGGCAUUGAAUCCGCGUUGGCAAAGUUGGAAGGCAAGCUUCCUUCAAGGAAAUCCAAUAUAUCAGCUGUCAGCCCUCAAACUGCCCAUUAUCCACCUGGCGAGAUCAUUUUCGCAGAUGAGCCAGAGACUGAACAGGUCAGAAACCAUGAGCGACAGCUUGUUGUUCGAGAGACGUUCAUGCUGGAUGCCGAGGACAGCGAUGCCGAGCCUUUGUUCGAGUCCCAAGACCAGCAUCUGACGCCUCAACGACCAACCACCGAGGUAAGGUCGUUCCUAACUGGCUCUUCGCGAGAAUCAUACUCUUCUGUCCCUAUUCUUGACCGAGAUUCAAUGAAGGCUCGUCCAUGGACCAACAUGUCUAUCCUUGAAGGCUCGGACGAGGAAAACACACCUCGUCCACAGAAGUCCAUGUUGUAUGUUGACGAUGAAGUUGACUCGCAACACACCUCUUACGACUUUAUUGAGAAGACUCAGAGUAUCGAAGGUAUCAAGGUGGGCGAGACUGCUCCAUCAGUAGCCGAAGACCAGUCAUUCCUCAACGACGACAGCGAUCUUUCAUCAGAGAUGUCUGCGGAUGAGCUUGACGACGAAGAGUCUGAAUUUGGCGAUGCCGUCCUGCCACGGGUCAAACUUCCUGCUCAUCCUCUUGGGUCACCAGCUCCCAAGCGCAACCCUCCAUCACCGCCUAUGACUCUUGUGCAAGCACUGGAGAUGUCUCCACCGCAGUUUGUCCAUGUCCCCGAGUUACAUGAGGAUCAAGUCUGGGGCUUGAAGCCCCUUCCUCCAACUCCCGAGACUACACCGACUGCUCCAUACGCACAGGCAGCUGCACAAACUUCAAACGACGCGCUUCGCCAAAUUUCCAAGGCGGACUCUAUUGAGAGCAACAAGUACUCUGCUCACUUGCCAUUCAUUUUGGCUUUUGAUUCAGAGAUCCUCGCACAGCAGUUCACGCUCAUUGAAAAGGAUGCACUGAACGAGAUUGAUUGGAAGGAGCUCAUCGACAUGAAUUGGAAGGAUGCUGCUCAUAGUGAUUGUCGCUCGUGGGUGGAAUUCCUCCGCAACUCCGAUGCCCAUGGUGUUGAAGUGGUUAUUGCUCGCUUCAACAUCAUGGUCAAGUGGGCAAUCUCCGAGAUUGUCCUUACGCAAGGUCUUGAGGAGCGAGUACGGUGUAUUACUAAGUACAUUCAUAUCGCCACUCACUGUCGUCGGUACCGCAACUUUGCUACCCUUGGCCAACUCACUAUUGCCCUGUCUAGCAAUGAGGUUGCCCGCCUUUCCAAAACUUGGCAGCACGUCGCCCCUCAAGAUGUCAAGACACUUCAUGAUCUUGAGAAGCUGGUUACUCCCAUGCGCAACUUUUACAACCUCCGUGCUGAGAUGGAAGUUGGCUCAGACCAGGGCUGUAUUCCAUUUGUGGGCAUCUACACUCAUGACCUCCUUUACAACGCCCAGCGUCCUUCUGAGAUGGCUGGCUCACCUACAACACCCCCUCUGGUCAACUUUGAGCGAUGUCGCAUUGCCGCUGCCGUUGUCAAGACAUUGCUUAGGUUGUUGGAGGCCAGUACUCGAUACAAGUUUCAACCCAUUGAAGGCAUCACGGAGCGCUGUCUAUGGAUGAGCGCCUUGAGCGAUGAGGACAUCCGACGCCACUCAGAGAUGCUCGAAUAA